AUGGGAGAUAAGAAUCAGACAGUAGUGACUGAAUUUUUCUUCGUGGGCCUUACAGAGCAUCCCUAUCAGAAGAUUGUCCUCUUUAUCGCGUUUCUGUUGAUUUAUCUUAUCACCCUCGGGGGCAACAUAGGCAUGAUCAUUCUCAUAUGGAUUGAUCCCAGACUCCACACUCCUAUGUACUUUUUUCUUAGCCACUUGUCCUUUGUAGAUAUUUGUUCCUCUUCUUCUAUUGCUCCGAAGAUGCUGUGUGAUAUCUUUGCAGAGAAAAAAGGCAUCACCUUCCUGGGUUGUGCUGCACAGAUGUGGUUCUUCGGCCUCUUUGUGGCCACGGAGUGUUUUCUCCUUGCUGCCAUGGCAUUUGAUCGGUAUGUGGCCAUCUGUAAGCCCUUGUUGUAUACACUCAUUAUGUCUCAUCGGGUCUGUAUGCAGCUGGUAGUGGGGCCUUAUGCCAUGGCUCUUACAAGCACUAUGACUCAUACGAUUUUCACGUUUUGCUUACCCUUCUGUGGUCCAAAUGUUAUCAACCACUUUUUCUGUGAUAUUUCUCCGCUGCUUUCUCUAGCAUGUACAGACACUUGGAUCAAUAAGUUGGUGCUUUUCACCUUGGCUGGAGCUGUAGGGGUGCUCACUGGUCUGGUCAUCGUGGUCUCCUAUGCUUACAUCCUGGUGGCCAUCCUGAGUGUCCUGACUACUGCUGGGAGGCGGAAGGCUUUCUCCACUUGCUCCUCUCACCUUGUCACUGUCUCUAUCCUGUAUGGGACUCUUUUCUUUAUCUAUGUUGGACCUAGUUCAAGGUCUUCCCUGGAUAUCAAUAAAGUGAUUUCUCUCUUUUAUACUAUGGUAAUCCCCAUGUUGAACCCUCUUAUCUACAGCUUGAGGAACAAGGAGGUGAAGGAUGCAUUCAGGAGAAAGUUUGAGAGGAAAAAUUUUCUAAUAGGCAGGUAA